CCUUAUUUUGCUCCUUAAUAUUCUUUAAUUCACAAAUUCAAAUUUUUUUUUCCAACAAUCUUUUCUUCUGUUAAAGAACAGUGAAGGAGGUCGCACUGCGAUUCUACAUCUGCUUAUUUCACCAAUUUUUGUAGGAAUCGAUGAACUAAUGGACUCUAAAGGUGGGAAGAAGAAGUCUAGUAGUAGUUCCUUAUGUUACGAAGCUCCCCUUGGUUACACUAUUGAAGACGUUCGACCAAACGGAGGAAUCAAGAAAUUCAGAUCCGCUGCUUACUCCAACUGCACUCGCAAGCCAUCCUGAGAUUACCCGUGAUCUAGAAUAAACCACCAAAGGUGGUUCAAGUAGAUAGUAGUUUAAUUUUAGAAUUCUGUUCUUCUCAACUCUUUUUCUUCAUACCUCAUCCUCGUGAUAAUCUCUUCCAAAAAGUUCUCCUUCCCAAGCACUCUCUUUCAAGCAAGAUGGCCGUGCCAGUUUCUGCCAUCGGAUUUGAAGGAUACGAAAAGCGACUUGAGAUUACCUUUUUUGAGUUAGGAAUGUCUGAUGGCCCGGGAUGUGGCCUACAGUCUCUCUCCAAAGACCAAUUGGAUGAAAUUCUGACACCGGCUGCAUGCACCAUAGUGUCUUCAUUGGCAAAUGAUGAAGUCGACUCUUAUGUCCUUUCGGAGUCUAGCCUCUUUGUCUACUCAUACAAGAUCAUCAUCAAAACUUGUGGCACUACAAAACUGCUGCUGUCAAUCCCACCCAUUCUUAAGUUAGCUGAUGCACUUAACCUGAAAGUGAAGUCAGUGAGGUACACUCGUGGUAGUUUCAUCUUCCCUGGGGCUCAGCCAUAUCCACAUCGUCACUUCUCUGAAGAAGUAGCCGUGCUUGACAGCUAUUUCGGUAAGCUUGGUGCAGGCAGCAGUGCAUAUGUGAUGGGUAAUGCUGAUAAA